CGUACGAGCGGGUUCCUAGUCUAACCUUAACCGGAAGUUGCUAGCAGCUGCGCGUCGUGUGCUAGAAGGUGCUAGAAGGUGCUAGAAGUCACUACCAUGUUGAGUAAAGUGCUCGGUCAGAAAUAUGUGGCCAUUGCUAAGUCGUGGAUGCCCACACUUGCUGUUUGGGGAACAGUCGGCGGCGUAGCCUUGGUUCACUUCACGGACUGGCGAUUGUUCCUGGACUAUGUGCCCUACAUCAGUGGCAAGUUCAAGAAGGACUAACCAGUUUGUUGGAGAUGAUGAACAAGGACUGCAGCCAACGCUGUUUUGCACUGAACUCCAAGCCAACUGUCAUUUUCAUCCUGCUGCUGCAACAACCAUCAUCAGUACACUUGGGCUUCAAUCUUUGAUGAUAUGAAAAUAGAGACAAUGCACAGACUUUUUAAUUGUUUUCCCUCGUGCAGUUUGAGCUUCUUAUUUUACUCAUUAGUUUCUGAUGUGCUGUCAGCCUCGUCUGAUUUAAAUGUUCAGCUCUGUAAAACUGUUUUGGAAGAGUAAAAAGUAUGUCAAAGAA